AAAUAAAGUAUUGGUUUGGUUGUACUUGCGUGAUGAUAUCUCUCUCUUGGUUUAAACCCCUCUUGUAGCAUCCUCCUCCUCCUUCUCUCCUCCUCCUUCUUGUCAUCCUCUUGCUCUUCAUCACAUCACUAGUGUACUGAUUCAAUAUCUUUACUCGUGUGAUGUGCGAGUAUCAGUUUCCUCCCCCCAGCAGGGCACACAUCUGCUGGCGUCGGGGAAUGUUAGGAGGAAAACGAGUCUUCAUCUUCAUCGGUCACGUAUCAAUGACAUUGGUGUAGACAUGUGGAUUGUCGCUCGGGUUUUCAGAUAAAAGCCAUCAACACUCCCAGCUGAGAAGAUGAAUGUAGUCUGGAUGCUUCUCCUUUUGAUUGAGGAGGGAUUUGCUCUGGCUCAGAAGACUGCAGAUGAUGGCGCCGCAUCCAAAGGGCUCAAACCCUCUCAGAGGCCACCGCGUUCUCGCCACUGUGGGAACUGGAUACGACACACAGACGGCGGCAGCUUCAGCUCCCCAAACUACCCCAACACCUACCCUCCCAACAAGGAGUGCUUGUAUGUGUUAGAAGCGUUCCCUCGGCAGAGGAUCGAGCUGCAGUUCAACAAGUCCUUCUACAUCGAGGCGUCCUUUGAGUGUCGUUUCGACCACAUCGAGGUGCGCGAUGGCCCCUUCAGUUUCUCACCGCUAAUCGACCGCUUCUGCGGCGCCACCUGCCCUGGGCUGGUCCUCUCCAGUGGACGCUUCAUGUGGAUCCGCUUUUAUAGCGAUGAAGAACUGGAGGGGAUCGGUUUCCACGUCCGCUACAGCUUCACAGCAGACCCGGAGUUCUAUCUACAUGUGGGGGGGCUCCUCAACCCCAUCCCAGAUUGUCAGUUUGAGUUGUCCGGGGCUGACGGCCUGAUCCGAUCCAGUCAAGUGGAGGAGGAGUACAAGGUCAAGCCCGACCAGGCAGUGGACUGCAUUUGGACCAUACGCGCUCCGACUCACAACAAGAUUUACCUGAGAUUUUUGGAGUACCAAAUGGAGAACUCAAACGAGUGCAAGAAGAACUUUGUGGCUGUUUAUGAUGGAAGCAACGCCAUCGAAGACCUCAAGGCCAAAUUUUGCAGCACCGUGGCCAACGACAUCAUGCUGGACACCGGCGUGGGCGUGGUGAGGAUGUGGGCUGAUGAGAGCAGCCGACUCAGUCGCUUUCGGAUGUUGUUCACCUCUUUCGCUGAUCCUCCGUGUGUAGGUAGCACCUUCUUCUGUCACAGUAACAUGUGCAUCAACACUUCUCUGGUGUGCAACGGAAUACAAAACUGUGUCUUCCCCUGGGACGAAAGCAACUGCAAAGAGAAGAAACAGAAAGGAAUCUUCCAGCACAUGACGAGGACUCACGGCACGGUGAUCUGCGUGUCCACGGGCGUUGUCAUGCUGCUCCUUGUCAUCUCCAUCUUGGUGCAGAUCAAGCAGCCGCGCAAGAAGGUGUUGGUACGCAAGAAUAACUUGUUCCAGCGAGGGGACUACCACUCGUCGUUUGAGCCUCCGCACUAUGAACUCUUGACCCUCAGAGAAAAGAAGCUGUCAGGGGACCAGGGAGAUCUUUCAGAAGAGCAUCAGUCAAUAAAAGCCUUGAGAAGGUCAUCUUCUUCAGGGUCACGCUGCGUUCAUGAGCACCACUGUGGCUCUCAGGCCUCGCUCAACUCCAUCAAAGGCGCUCACCGGGCGGCCCGCGGCUCUUUGGAGAUCAGCUCGAUUCGAGGCGACGUCCAGAGGGCACCUCUUCUUUUGCGUGACUCGACCAGCAGCCUGCGCAAGAAAAGCUGGCCUAGCGUCAAAGCCGCCACCGGUUUCCACACACAGUACAGCCUGGCAGAACGACACCACCGAGUGUUGGAGGACCACGAAGACGACCUCGGAGCAGGGGACGGCGCGGGCUAUGAUUUGUACCUACAUAGGGCUGCCAAUAGGAGAGGUCGCUACGAGAUGGCCCAGCAGAGGUCUUUAUCCAUGGAUUUUUAAUCCAACUAAACCCACUAGAACUAAAAUGCAACAAUUUGUCAGCCUGCAGGGUUUUGUUUUUUUGUUUUUUGGCUAAGUAUGCAUACUAAGUGUGUUACUUAGUAUGCAUACAUUUCAUUAGCCAGGUUUACAUGCGGAUUUUUUUUAUCAUUCUGAUUGAAGAUCUCUGGUCAACUGUUUAGAUGUGACAUAUAUGUUUACAUGUGCCAUUAUACGAAAUAAGAACAGCUAUUUUACAGCCGCAUGGUAGCCACAGAUCGGUGUAAAGAUCAUAUCAUGUAUGCACAUUAAAAAACAAAGUCGUCGAUUUCAGUACAGCAGUCAAGAUGGUUUCAUGCACUUUUAUUAAAAGAAGAGCUUGAUGAAAAGAAGCUGCAGGUAGUUGAAUCAAGCUGUGCCAUCAAAGACUCAAUCUUGUUGGAAGCCAUUUUCAAGACAUCGCCACGCAUUUACGUCAAGAUUUAGCUUCAGUGGCCGGACUAGGCCCAGAGGUUUCAGAGGACAGGCACAGUUUUAUGAAACACGUGAGUAUGCAUACACACAUGUACACACACACACAC